AUGGCUAUCCUUAAGCAGUUCGAGUCUUUCAAUACAAGACUUGCUCUUGGCUGCCAUCUCAUUGCAUCUUCUUCAUUUAAUUAUGGAUUUGACAAUCAAGCUUUCGCUACCUCUCAGGCAAUGGAUGCUUUUGCAAAGCAAUUCGGUGUGCUGGAUCCGACGACAGGCCGUUACGUCUUAGAACCCUCAUGGCUAUCUCUCUUCAACUCCUUGAAUUACAUCGGAUUUGCUGCAGGCGUCUUGUUAGGUAGUUUUAUCGCCAAUAGGUACGGACGGCGAUGGUGUACGUUCAGUAUGAGCAUCUUUGCCAUCGGUACUGCGACACUAGGUGUCACUGCCCAGAAUCGUGACCAUAUCAUGACUGCGCAUGUGUACGUUGGUAUGGAGCUGGCCGUCAUCCCUGCAUUCCAAUCCGAGAUCGUUCCUGCUCCCGUCCGCGGUCUCGUCGUCGGUACAUAUCAGCUCAGCCUCAUAAUAGGUGGUUUCGUCAUCAACUGCGUUUGCAGGGGCACAAGUACGAUCCAAGACAACCGUGCAUGGAGAAUCCCACUAGGUCUCUUCUACAUCAUACCAACCCUGAUCGCUACCUUGGUUUUCUUCACGCCCGAGAGUCCUCGAUGGCUAUUACUGAAUGGUAGGGUAGACGAAGCCCGCUCAAGCCUAACAACCUACCGACAGGGCAAGUUUUCGCAAGACGAAAUUGAUGCUGAGUUCCGUGAACUGCAGUUCGCUUUGGAACAUGAGGUCGAAAAGGGAAAGUUCAUUGAAAUGUUCAAAGGUCUCAACCUUAAGAGAACACUAUUGGUGCUGGCCAUCAACUUCUUCCAGCAAGCCACAGGCCAAGCAUUCGCUAGUCAGUACGGAGCGAUCUAUGUCAAGUCGCUCAGUACCGUGAAUCCAUUUGACAUGAAUCUUGUCUUCGCUGGUAUCAACAUAAUAGCUAUCUGCAUCACACUGGCCAUCAUCGACCGAGUGGGCAGGAGGCCAAUGCUGCUGGCGGGCGCAGCUGUACAAACGAUCGCCUUGAUGAUUAUGGGCGGGCUGGGUACUACACCAAAUGUGAGUGACGGUCAAAAGAUUGGCAUAGUAGCUAUGCUAGCACUCAUGACAGCCGGUUUCAGCAUUGGGUGGGCACCUCUUUGCUAUGUUGUAACGACAGAGCUACCCGCGCUCAAGCUCCGUGACGAUACUUUACGUUUGGGCUUCUUUUUCAAUGUGUGUCUAAACUUUGCUGUUAACUUCUCCAUUCCAUACCUCAUUUACCCUCAAUAUGCCGGCCUGGAAUCCAAAGUCGGGUUCGUGUUUGGAUCUAUUGCGGCUGUUUGCUUCAUGUUCACGUAUCUUUGCAUACCUGAAUGUAAAGGCAAAACUUUGGAGCAAGUCGACUACAUGUUUCAGAAGAAGGUCCCGCUUCGUCAAUUCGGAAGCUAUACGGUACCUAAUUUCUCUGAGCAGGAAGAUGGGAAGCUGGAGACUUUGUUUAUGAAAACAGCGUAG